UUCCCCCUUUCCUCCUCCCUUUCAGGAAAAUACCCAUCAAAGAACUGCCAUUUAUACACCCAAACCAAACUCCCAUCAAUCAAAUCCCCAGCCUAAAGGAACCAAAAUGGCAGCCCUAAUCUGGCCUGAGAGAUUACCACAGAGAGUGAUCAGUGAGCUUGUCAAUGGCAGGGAGAUGGCCGUUCAGCUCCAGGUCCUCCUCCGCAAGGACUCUAGAAAUCACGGGUCCGCCUCGGCUCAGGAGAUUGCCGGGAAGAUCAUGAGAUCCUUCACCGAGAGCAUUCACCUGCUGAGCUCCGUUGAGUCAGGUGAGGUGUGCGAUGAUGGAGGAUCCGAGGACUCGGAUGCCAGUAAGAAGAGAUCCGAGCUUUCGGGUUCAAAGGAUGGGCGAGGUUGCUAUAAGAGAAGAAAGGGAUCUCAGACAAGGACAGAGAUUUCUGCCACUACAGGAGACGAUUAUGCAUGGAGAAAGUAUGGCCAGAAAGACAUCCUCAAUGCUAAGUUCCCAAGGUGCUACUUUAGGUGCACACACAAACCCGACCAAGGCUGCCGAGCAACAAAACAAGUCCAGAGAAUGGAAGACAACCAGCAGAUGUACCAAAUCACAUACAUUGGAGUCCACACCUGCCGGAAAACGAGCAGAUUGUCUCCACAGAUAAUCACGGACACCGACCCUUGGGAGCUCUCCGACUGCUCCAAGAACCAGGCAGAAAAUAAUAAGUACCGUGUCCCCGCCACAGUGAAGCACGAGUACUACAAGGAGGAGGACAACCCAAGCGACGUGACUGAGAACAGUUUCACGCCACUGGGUUUGAAAUUCGAGAGGGAACCAAUGGCAGGUCCCGACCACGAUUUCGGUUCUCUAGACGUGGAUGAGUUAAUGGCCAGCUGUGUGGGGCUUGAUGCUAGUGAUUUUUCGUUUGCUGAUUGGAAUUGCUUGUGAUGGAUUAAGAUGAAAGGCUUUGAAAUGCAAAAGCCUUCUCUUGAUUACCCUGUUUUCCCACUUUGCUUGUGAAAGAGUAUAAUCCCAUAAUGAGAUUGCAGAGUGUUCUUUUACCCAAAAAAAAAAAUGCAGUGUUUUUUUAGGUUUCCUUUUCUUCUUGGGAGUUUCCUUGUAACUGAUCGAAGUGUAGAAUUAGAGAGACAUAAAUAAAAACGCAAUCAUGCUUCUUGGUC